AUGGCUACAAAUAGGAAUGGGAUGUUGCUUCGUACAAAUAGAUUCAUGAAUGGACUUUCAUGGACGAAUAGGUAUUUCUCUACAUCCACAUCUGGAUGUUCAGCCGAACCUGCAGCUAGCGCUCUUCCCUCAAAGCCGCUUGAUAUGUAUAUGCUACGCAUUCCGUCAUUUGCAACCCCCUUUGAAGCAGUCUAUUCCAACAUUUGUGCAAUGAAACAUCGAUUAUCCCUAUGGACGAAUCUCAGAAUGCGCAGGCAGUUAGAAAUCGACUCGAGUGAGCUUUAUUCCAUUGGAAGCAAUGAGAUGAAAUGGCAGCGAGCACAAGAGGCGCAGCUAUGUUUUCAGCGCCACAUUGCUGUCGUACAAGGGGUCCCUAAUGCAGCUCUUGGGGUCAACAGAGUGGUAACUCUCUCCUUCAAUCCAGAUAACUUAUUUCCUGAAAAUCGGAAUGCUGUCCACGCUGUCCGGCUGCUUUGUGGUCAUAGAUACAGCCCGUUUACAAAUAUGGUAACCAUCAAGGCAGAUCGAUUUCCGUUUCAGGAGCAAAAUAGAAAAUUCUUGAGAGACACGAUUUAUAGACUAAAGGAGGCGGCCAUGGUAUUUUUAUCGUCUUGCUAA